AUGCUGGACAACCAUCCUAAGGAGAUUAUUAUUGUCACGACAGCAGCUUUGAUCGGGGAAAUGAGGGCCGCUCUUAAGGAGUCCAUUCCGAAAGAACAACUACAUAGGAUUAAAGCUCUCGACAUCCCGCUACCCAAUAAAAGAAACCAGCUCAUGCGCGGCAUUCAAGCAGCCACAGGAGAGGUUAUUGUGCUAGCGGACGAUGAUGUGUAUUGGACCAAGAACCUUUUGCAACAAGUCCUCGGCGUUCUGGAAUUGGAACCCGAAGUUGGUGGCGUCACCACGCAGGAAGAAGCACAUGGUCUGGACGCUCGAAGUCCUGAAACAAUCACGUUCUGGGAAGCCCUCGAGGCUCGCCGCCUCAGCAUGCGCAAUAUAGAAAUUGCUGCCUCCAGCUGGCUGGACGGUAGCCAAACGGUUUUGACUGGACGAACUGCAGCUUAUCGAGCGUGCAUCUUGAAAGACCCGGAAUAUCUGUCUGCGUUCACAAACGAGUACUUUCUGUGGAGAUACCGCAUGCAUUGCGGCGAUGACCAAUUUACCACCCGCUGGCUAUUGAACCACGGGUGGAAAACCCGUAUGCAGACAGGGGCCAUGAUCUACUGCGAGGCUCUCAACGACAGUCGUCAUGUGAAACAGACCCUACGAUGGGCAAGGAAUGUAUUCUCCAUGGUACUCCAACUAUGGCGUCUCUCGUUCGUGGUGUAUAUUUUCUCCAACCCAUGGCUCCUCAUUGAGAGGCUGUUCGGCCUAAGACCAACUUUCUGGAUUGGCUUCUAUGUACCACUGCUCGUUGAACACAUCGCAUACGGUGUGGUGCACAGAUGGUAUUUCAGACAUUUAGGAGCCCAGAUAUUGAAGGACUUCAUACAGCACUAUUUCGUUUCUGUCUAUACGACACUAACUCUACACGCGAACCACUGGGGCUCCCGGAAAGUCUGA